AUGCCCCGAAAGAAGACUGGUGGAGGUGCCGAUGCCGGAGGAGGUGCCGGGGGAGGUGCUGGUACAGACAACAAUGGUGGACGUGGUAGAGGAGGCCGUGGCGGUCGUGGUAGAGGAGGGAGAGGACGAGGACGCGGCGGUCGAGGAAGGGGAGGACGAGGCAAUUACAACAGCAACAACAACAACAACAACAACAACAAUUCCAAUGCGACUGGGUCCUCUGUGCAACAGGAUCGACGAGGAAAUAACUCAGAAUAUAAUAAUGGAAACCGAUCCGCUGCCAAUAAGCAGCAGAAACCAGUGUUAAAGAAUGGAGAAAAGGGGGCUGAUUCCCAUACGGUGUCAGAAGGUGAUCGCAUUCGGCUCACCAAAAUCUUGAUGAACCUUCGGGAAGGAGAAGAUACUCGGCUUGAAUUCCCCCCAACAUUGACCAAUACGGAACGAAAAUUCACUCAUGAGCUUGCUGCCCAACUUGGUUUGGUCUCGAAAUCAACGGGCAAGGGAGAAAACCGACAUAUUGUUGUCACCAAGCGGGCAGAGACCAAGAAGAAGACGGGAGAUGAGGAAUCCAUGCCUGUCCUCAAUAUUGGCAAGAGUGGCAUCAAUAUUCUGAAGCAACACAUUAGCAAGUUUCCUUUAUCCAAAGAAGAAGAAAACGAAUCGAAAGAAACUGGAUCCUCGUUGGUAAAUGCCAUUCUGGGGAAAGAUGGCAAUGACGACGAGAAUCUCAGCAACACCUUGAAUCGCUUGGGACUGGGUGUGGCCAAGGGGGCGAACAUUGUGCAACCUCGCGAGAAACGUGUAGAUUUGGAUCGGCGACGAUCCCGACAUGCCUUUUAUCAGCAACAGAAAACUGCCAAUGCCCAAGAAUACAAAAAGGCCACUGCGUCCAGGGCUAGGCUUCCGGCGUACUCGCGACAACAAGAAAUUGUUGCCACAGUGGCAGCCAAUCCAGUCGUCGUCAUUCAAGGAGAAACCGGGUGUGGAAAGAGUACCCAAUGUCCUCAAUUCUUGCUUGACGCCAAUCCAGAAGCCAAUAUUGUUGUCACCCAACCCCGCCGCAUUAGUGCUAUUUCCAUUGCCGAACGGGUGGGCCAAGAACAAUGUCUACAGAAAUCAGUGGGCGGACUGAUCGGAUACCAAGUUCGGUUGGAAGCUGCCUCCAGCAAUGAUACCCAAUUACUUUUCUUGACGCCAGGAGUAUUGCUGCGCAAGCUUCAAAGCUCGCCGCGACUGGCCGAAUACACGCACAUCGUCAUUGAUGAAGUUCAUGAACGGGACAAAUAUACAGAAUUCCUAAUGAUUACUCUUCGAGAUUUGCUGCCACAGCGACCGGAUUUGCGACUAGUGCUCAUGAGUGCCACCUUGCAGACCGACAUCUUGAUGGGGUAUUUUACAAAAAGCGAUCAUCCAUAUUACCAACAGCAUCCUCCUGUCAAGCUGGAAAUUGAAGGACGGACUUUCCCAGUGCAAGAAUUCUUCUUGGAGCAUAUACUUCAGAUGACAGAAUACAUUGACCCCAAAACCUUGGACCAAGAAGCGGAUGCUCCCAUGUCCAUGGAUGAGCUGGAAUUGGAGUUGGCCAAAUUGAUGGCUCCUCAACAGCCGAAACCUCUGGCGGAUGAAUCCAACAAUGCACUCCGAGCCAUGUUGGGAGGUGAUGUGGACGGUUCAUUUGGACUUUCGGGAGCAGGAGCAGAUGGGGACUCUGUGGACCAAGCGUACAAUAUGGAUGCGUUUGAAGAGUAUGACGUCGAAGAGACUGCAGAACUCGACGAGUACAACGUUGCAGACAGACCAGCGAGCGACGACGCCAUGCCGGAAAAAGAAUCUGUUGCUAUCGACGAGAGCCAGCUUUGGGAUGGAAUAGGAACAUAUGAAAAAGGUCCUGUGCAGGAUGUAGCCUUGGAGGACAAAUUGCUUGACAGGUAUCAAAUGAUGCAUGACGAUGAAACCGUGGACACAAUGCUGCUCUUGGAAGUCCUUCACUACAUCAUCAAGUCGUCGAAAGGAGAUGGUGCCAUUCUCGUUUUCCUUCCCGGAUGGAUGGAAAUAUCCGAAUUUUCGUUACUAUUGGAAUCCAAUGCUCCCUUUCACAAUCAGAAUAGAUACCUUAUUCUACCACUCCAUUCCGGAAUUCCAAGUUCGGCCCAACGAAAGGUGUUGCAGCAUCCACCCAAAGGCGUCCGAAAGAUUGUUCUAUCCACAAACAUUGCUGAGACUUCGCUGACGAUUGACGAUGUUUCCUUCGUCGUGGACACUGGUCGGGCGAAGGAGAAAGAUUAUGAUCCACAUUUGAAGACCAGCACUCUUCAGGCGACCUGGAUCAGCAAAGCCUCGGCGAAGCAGCGUAAAGGCCGAGCUGGUCGUACAAAAGCUGGUGUAUGCUUUCACCUCUUUUCGAGCAGGCGGCAUGAUUCGAUGCGAGAAUUCGUAGAAAGCGAGCUACUGAGGACCCCCUUGGAGGAGAUGUGUCUGAUGACAAAGAAACUGGGGCUAGCAUCUGGGGGUUACGAAGACCCAGAUGGGAUUCCAGCAUUCUUGGGCAAGGCAAUUUCAGCACCUCAUGAAAAGUCAGUCUCCAAUGCCAUUGAACUUCUCGUGGAUCUAGGUGCAAUGCUUCCAGAGACAAACGAUCUCACUGACCUUGGGUACUGUCUUUCUGUACUCAGUUUGGAGCCACGGGUUGGCAAAAUGGUCAUUUGGUCCUAUCUACUUGGAUGUGCCCGGGCUACCUCCCAAAUGGCCGUGGCAAUGAGCUACAAGAGUCCCUUUGUGUUGCCACCUCAACAUCAAAGGCAAGACGCUGAAAAAAGACAGGUGUUCUUAUCGAAAAACUCCGAAAGCGACCAAGUGACUGUCUUUAACGCAUUGAUGGAGUACGAUCGGUCAAGGAAGCAAUCAAACGCACAAGGUAGAGAAUUCUGCCGCCGCAAUUUCCUGAACGGAGCUACAAUCCAAAUGAUUUCCGAUCUUCGGCGCAACAUCUCAAGGGAGCUAGACUCUUUGCAGUUUGCAAAUCCAAUGGAUACCAAUGGCUUUCACAAUCGGCAUCAUAAAGAAGAAGCUCUUUGGCAGGCAGCCAUCUCAGCUGGACUGUACCCUAACGUCGCCACGAGAAAGAUGGGCGAAGUCAACUUUUCCACCAUGACCAACCGCAAGGCCAAAAUUCACGUGAGCAGUGUUAAUUCCGUGAAGGGCCAGCCUUUGAAUGCAAAGUGCCAAGUACCAGAAGGGGAGGUUGAGUUUGUAUGCUUCGGUGACAUGGUCAAGGGAAACCGUCAUUUCACAAUGUCUCAAACGACGCAUUUGGCAUCACCGCUACCAUUGCUACUCCUUUGCGGAGUGUCCCUGAGUGUUCGUCCUGAUACCAGCGACGAUCGUUCUUCGAUAUUGAAUCUAGACGAUUGGGUUAUCUUCAGGUGCAGAAGCGAUGUGGCAUCCGGAUUGGUAAUGCUUCGAAAACGUUUGGAAGCCGCCUUUUUGCAUGCCAUUUCAGAGCCCUCGUUGGGAACAGAUCACUUGACCGAAGUGGAAAUAGAUGCACUAGAGACUGUUGGGUUUGUCCUGAAGAGCGCGCAUAGAUCUACAUCGGUGCGGUAG